GCGUGCGGCUUCGCGUUCUCAAAUUCUGAUUUGACUGUUUACAAAUACAGUUCGCAGGACGGCAGGAAAAGGUGGUCGCGUUCGUUGACGGAUUUUUUUUAAAAAGAAAAUGGAUUAAAACGAUUGAAUUCUAUCUUUUUGAAAGUUGUAAUAAGUGAGAGAUAGUGACUUCCGGUAGUGUUAAAAGGAAAUAAGUAUUUUUGAAGAUUAGUUUUGAGUUUGCGAGUGGAAAACGAGUGUUGCACAAAAAUGAAGCUCGUAACGGACGCUUGCUGUGAUGCAUUGGAACCGGUGCGGAUAGCGAUUCGUGAGAGGCCAACCGGGGUAGAGGAGGGCGAGAGCGUUAUCCAACAUCAUAUUGCCAAUGAUAACAUACUGAUUGUGGACGAACGACCAUUUGCGUUUGAUUUUGUUUUUCGACCAGAGGCGUCACAAGCGCUGGUAUACGAUGCCUUGAUCCGGCCACUGGUGGUCAAGAUGAUCAAUGGUUUCUACUGUACGGCAUUGGCCUACGGACAAACUGGCACCGGUAAGACGUUUACGAUGGGGCUGCAGUGGGAUCACAGUGGCCCACAUGACAUUAACCGGGGGAUGAUAACGAGAGCCCUGGACCAAACCUUUGAACUGUUACGAGAAUCCCGUAACAAGGAAGAUUACGAGAUUCAGGUUUCUUUCAUAGAAAUUUACAAUGAAAAGAUUUAUGACCUUUUGUCGGACACUUCCUCCGAACCCGUCAAUACACGGAACUGUCGUUUUAACGGUGGCACAAAAAAGGUUGUGACCCGGGCAGAUCAGGCCCAAGACAUCCUGCUAGAAGGGAACAAAAACCGACACGUUCGUCCCACGAAAAUGAACGCCCUCAGCAGUCGAUCCCAUGCCAUAUUCAGCAUCCACGCAUCGGUUGUCCACGAUGAUGCUCGAAUUGUGUCUGCCUUGCAUCUGGUCGAUCUGGCCGGUUCCGAGGGUGUCAGGCGCACGGGUCACCAGGGAUUGGCGAUGGCUGAAGGUGUCCACAUCAAUCAGGGACUGCUCAGCAUCGGUAAGGUGCUGCAGGCCCUUUCGAUCGGAAGCAAAGUUAUUCCCUAUCGGGACAGUGUUCUGAGUACGGUGCUGCAGGAUUCUCUGAAUUCGAAUUCGUACCUUACCCUGCUGGCUUGCGUUAGUCCGGUGCAGGAGGAUCUGAGCGAAACCCUGUCCACGAUCCGGUUUGCUCAGGGUGCCAAAACGCUGAAAAACAAUCCCCAGAUCAACAUCAUUGCUGCGGAAUUAAAGAUGUAG